AAGAACUCACCCGACUAAAAUCUGAGUUCCUUUCAGUCUCUUCACUUUCGGAAAUAAUAAAUCAAAAUGGCAGACGUUGAGCCAACGGUCCCAACACCCGCCCCGGCCGUCAGUUCUUCACCAGCGCCUAAGUGUACCCCAGUGGCCGCCGAACCAUCGAUUGCAAACACUACCCCAAAGGAGACACCUGCGGUCCAGAAGCAGGUUUCAUCUACUCCUGCUCCUGCAACGAUAACUGUGAACAAGCCGCCAACUUCGAGAUCAGCCCCGGCUCCAAAGUCCACAAAUGGAACUCCAGAGCGGACAACACCAUCUUCGACCACCCCCACUAGCAAGCCGUCAACAACCAUGGCUACAAUGAGUAAGCCUGUUGCCAAAACAGCAACAUCUUCGAUAUCUGGCCUAGGAAUUUCUCCAAAGCCAGCUGCUUCAACACCUGCCACCAAAUCAAGUGCACCAGCUUCCUCGGCGGCAAAAGUCGCAUCUUCGGUGAGUACUCCGGCGAAGGCACCUGGUGCUCCACUAGUUUCCAAGUCCGUACCAACAAAGUUGUCAACGACCACACCAAAGGCGGUAGCUGCGAAAGAACCUAUUCAAGCCGCUGCAACCCCGCCCGUACCCCUCAACGCAGCAGACAAGACUAUCAAAGCCAUUGACGGUGGGAUCAAAGUUAUUGAAAAACUAGGAGGCUUCAUGGGAGCUUUGGGAAACCUUUUAAGUGAUGACGAUGACAAGCCAAAGGCUCCAGUGGCAGAUCCAAAGAGCGUUACUUCUGCUUCGGCAGCGGUGAAACCGACAACUGCAAUUUCCAAAUCUCCUGCAGUACUGGCCAAGACUGUCUCGAAACCAACUGGCGUCCCUGGCACAGCCCCAGCAACAUUAACCACAAGGAGUAUCACUCCUACAGAAGCAAAGCCUCAGCAAGCCCCCGCACCUGUCUCAGAGGCACCAGUUCAGGCUCCAAGAGCUCCCGUGGCUGCAUUCUCCAACCCGGCGAGCCCUCCUCCAGUUGCUGCACCUCUUCACCCUCAGGAAAGAAGCCAUGAUACAUCACAGACAAGCAACUAUCAGGUGCAAGAAAUGGCAAUUUCGGAAUACGGAGGUAUCAGCAAAGAGCUUGAUGAGCAAAUUCACGGCCACCGGGGCGCUCCAGCUGGCGAGGAUGGAGGUCAUGAUUUUGCGGUUGGUGGGAGUGGGCACAAUGAAAGUCAACACCAGGAAGGCGCUGGUCAAGAGCCGAUGCACGAGUUUGGAAACGAGGAGGAAGGCUCCAACAGUUUCAAUCAUGAGGGAGGAGAGUACAAUGAGGUGCAAGAUGAUGGAACUGAUGAUGAGCCUGCGCACACUUAUCAGAAUGAGGAUGAGGGAAAACAAGGAGAUGGUGAAGAAGAGCCACAGGAUCUCAUUCAAGAGGAGCAAGACCCAGAAAGUGGAGAGAACGAGAAUGGAGGAGGUGCUGAGGAUGGGGAGUAUGAGGGUGGAGAGAAUGAAGUCGGGCUGUAUGAGGGAGGCGAUCAAGAAGGAAGCGAGCAGCAAGGCGAGGAGCAAGAUGACAACGGCGGAGAGUAUAACAUUGGAGGCGAAAAUGAGAAUGGAGAAGAGGAUAAUAACAGUGAUGGGGAGGACGACGAGUAGUUUCCCUACUCACUGCCGCUUUCCUAGCAAGUUCAGGUCUAAGUAACAGCAAAGUAUUAACGAACUUCAUCAAUUCCAUACUUUCUAAAAAUUGACAGUGGCAACUUGCAGCUCAGGGUCGCAUCCUCAAACCAGC